AUUGUUUACUCUAAUAAUUUAUAGAACUGCCCCUGCCUCUGAAAACAAUCCUGAGUGUGCAUCUGUACAUUUAUAACUUAGGUUGGCAGUUGGUCAUCAGGUCUAGGCAAAAUGUUUUGUUGGGAUGAAACAAGGAUCCCAGUGCUCUUAGGAAUGCAGUGAAUUGCUGUCAAAUACUUAAAAGUAAAGCAUCAACUGAAAAACACAUAGUUGUAUAAAGUGAUACAUGUUAUACAGAAUUUAAAUUACACCUGUAUGGUGCUGCAGACUGCUCAAGAGUGCCGAACUGCUUUAUGUCAUUUUGGUGAAGAAGUUAUUUGUCCUUUAAUUUGUAUGUAUGACAAAUUUUCUGCAAAAGGAAAGAGUUUGUUGCAUGACUUCCUGCUCCUCCAACUUCAUGCACACCACCCAGGUGGAUCAUGUCAGGGUGCAGUGUGUUGUUAUGCAUUUGAUUGGGAAAAAUGGAAUACUUGUCUAGACAGUAUGUAUAAUCUGGUUCUAGCUGAAAUUGAUCAGCCGGUUGAUAAGAAAAAUAAACAUGUUUCAUCCACUUUCAUUCAUUUGGCUGUUGAAGUUUGUAGACAAAUUUUUGAUAAAAGCACUAAAUGCUUGGAGAAUGAAAGUGACAACAUGGAAGGCACUUCUUCUAAGAGAAGAAAAUUGGAUGUGGGCAUUACAUCUCUUGUUGCUCGAUUGCAAAUUUCAAACGACACCCAAACAAAUCCAUGGUUUGUAUUGUUGCUCAUUGGCACCUUAAUUUCCAAAUAUCCAUCAUCUUUAAAAGAAGAAGAGUUUGCUCUUGUGCUUGAACACAUUGCAGAAAUCCAAAGUUCCUGCAAGAAGGAUUUGUUAAUCGAACAAAAUAUUUCCUUAUGUUGCAUUACAUUGUUGGAAAAUGAAAAAUUGUACAAAAAAUUGAAUAAAACUACUGUUAACGUUCUUUGGGAUAAGAUAUGGGUGACUACAAUGAGAUCUGUUGGCAGGGCUCAGAGUGAGAAAGCGAGCCAUUCUUUGCUUCAGGCUUUAAUGCUGCAUGAUAAAGCUAAAAAUUUGCCUGAGGUUGUAAAUUUGUUUUUUGACAAUACAUUUCAAGUAUGUCUUCCAACUGUUCAAACACUUCAUGUCCUUCUUGGCAAAUAUGAUCUUUCAGCCUUAAGUCCCACUGGUGCAGUUUCUUCAUCUGGGCAUAGCACCAUAAGAAACACUUUUCUGCAAUGGCUCUUGCCGGAAAGCAGUUCUGAAAAUAGCACCAUGAUUAUACCAUCUUUAGUUGAAGUUUUAAUCCAACUGUGUUCUAAAACCAUACGGCCAAGUAAACCUUCUGGUGGUUUACUAGCUGAUAAGAGAAACCUUGAAAUAAUGUUACAAAAAAUGGAGAACGACUAUAUGAUCAGCAGUUUUGUACCAGAAGGAAUUAAGAAAGACCUUGCUUGCUCCUCAACAACUCCAAAUGAUAUUAGCAUAGAUACUCUCAUUUGGGAUUGUAUACAUGAAUUACUUGUUCGCAAAUGCAACAUCCUGAGAAAUUCAUUGAGUGCAAAUUGCUUUAGCAUAUCCAAUCUUAAAAAUAUUUUUUAUCAUUUGAGUCUUUUGUUGGAAGUAUGGCGAGUUUUUGAUGGUAACAUUCCCGACUCUUCAAUGUUUCUAGAAACAAUCGAUUUUUUUAUGCAGUAUGUAUAUCGACAUCUUGCUAAACAACUGAAUAAUGCUGGAAACUGUCCUUCUGAAAUAGUUCGUAUAUUCCAUGAAUUUCAAUCAGUUUUAUUGGCCAAAUAUUCGAGGCACAUUAGUCAAUGGCUUUGCGAUUCUUGGCUGAAAAAGUUAGUGGAAUCCACAGUUUCUUUUGUUACCCAAGAAAAUUCUUUUUGUCUUGAAAAUGAUAUCCUUGGAAUGGAGGAAUUUUCAAAUAGAAAUGACAAGAAUGAAGAUACUACUUCUGUUUUGGAUGAAUGCUUUAAAUUAGAACAUGAGUAUAUCCCUCAAUUUUGUACCAAAGAUGUCUCAGAAGAUCAGAAAUUGCAUAUGGAAUGUUUGAAAUUUCUGGGUUGUUUUUGUUCCUUAGGCAAUGGUCACUUCAACGAAGUAAAUGACAUUGCAAUUCAGUUGCUGAAUCAUGUGCCUCUAAAUGGGUUGCAUCGUUUCAAUGGAAUUGUGUGGAUUGUUUGGUGCCUUCAAAAUAAUGAAAAAAUGGAUACAUUAGUCAUUUCUAAAGUAAUAAUUCAAUUAAAAUAUUUGUUCACUACGUGGUUUAAUGAUAGUGAAACCACAUUUGUAAUUUUGAGAUUGUUGCAAGGAAUUGUGAAACAUGUUCAUAGUAAUGGUACACAGGAAGAAAAAGAUAAUUUUCGGACUUUGUUGUUGGGCAUACUUAAAUGUAUUGCAAAAAAUAAAUUUGGAGUAAAAGUAACUGUUGGUUUUAUCAAAUGCCUGGAAGCUUUAUCAACAGUGGACCCGUCUGCUUCUUGGUCAAGAAAUGAAGAAGGGCCAAUGGUAGAGAAGAUCUUAGAUUUUUUGGACAGUUCAUCACAUGAAAUCCGUUUAUCUUCCAUAAAGAGUUUGAGAAUUACAAUGUCAGAGUCAGUUGGGCGUAUGGAUGAUUCAUGGCAUUUAAAAAUUUUCUCGAAUAUCUGUAAAAAGAUAGAUGAAUCCUUUAUCAUUGAAGGUGAGCUGGGAACGUGCUCUGUCAUUGAUGAGGCUGCAAAUCGUUCUGCUUGUGCUCUCCAUGCAUUUGUCGGUGUUCUAAUUGGCAAUCCUACUUUGUACAAACAAGCUUUAUUUAGACUACUAAAAUUUUGCAAGCAGAAAAAUUUAGAUGUUGAAUUAUUCAAAAGAGCAAUAACUUACUUCUGUUCAGUUAAUGAUAUCAAUUCUUUUGCUUUCCUUAAAAGAAAUCUUCCGUUUUUGGUGAGCGAAUGGUUGGAAAACAAGUUCCCAUUGCAGGAUUUAGCAAAAUAUUUAUUCCAGAUGCCUUUACCUACUUUUUGUUUAAACUAUGUGGAUGUUUUAGUUCCUAUUAUAUUGUUGCGAGAUGAUAUGAUGGCUUUGCAGGAUAUCAGUGGGUUUAUCAACCAAAAUUUGAAAGAAAUGUUUCAGGAUUCUUUUCCUCAGAUAAUGGGAGAACUUGUGCCUGGACUGGAAGCUGAUGAUGUAUUAGCAAUAGAGUGCCAUAAAAAAUUGGAGAAUGUUAUUUCUAGGGAUGGUAUGGAAACUCUGUUAAAUUCUCAAUUACCAAAAUUAAUUGUGGCAGUCUUCAGAAAAGUUCAUGAUCCUGCCCAUUUUAUGGAUUUAACUAGAACUAGACUCAAGAUAUCUCAACCAGAUAGGUCUAGUAUAUCUUUUGAUACAGCUAUAAAUUGCAUAAAAUAUCUUCAGAGAGGUUCUCCAUCACCAGAAACUAAUCUUCUGGAGUUUUUGUGCCAGAACUCUCCAAACCACAUACAGAUGAUUCUUCUUGAUCUGACAAUUGACAUCUAUGAAGCAAUAUUGCUCCAAGAUAAACUAGUUUCUUUUUACCACUACGCAGUUUUCACUUCCGCUGUUGUAUCAGAUAUGAGAAGAAAAACAUUGCCUGUAAUAUCUCACAUAUUAUGUUGUAUUGUGCACACAUUAACUCAUAUUAUAAAAGAAGCCACAGUUUUGGAAGUUAAUCUUGCAAUAACUGCUUGCCAUUUUUUGGAAUACAUUUGUGAAUUGUGUUUGCCCCAAAAUGCAAAUAUUCUUAGUAAAUUGUUAAUUUUGAUGACUGAUACUUUAGUGCCCACUGUGAAAAUUGGGGGUGAAGUGGGUACUGCUGCAAUGAAAUUAUUGAAAUUCAUAUUUAUGGACAAACGCCAGUAUUUCUCGGAAGCAGAUUUAUUAAUUGAUAUAUUACCAAGUGAUCCAGAAUUUCAAGAAAUUAAAAAUAUAACUCAAAUAAAGAAUCAAAUGCAUACUUCAAGUUUAAAAGAAGAAAUAACAAGAUUUUUACAAAUGCGUUAUUUGUCUGGAAAGCAGGGUGUUGAAAGUUUGAAACAUUUACAUCAGCUGUUAUCUACUAAAAAGAGAGAACUUAAAUCCAUGUACGAUCAAUUCCUUGGUUGCCGGGGAUUUUCUGAAGAUUGUGGCAAAAGUUUGAUGCAUUGUCUUGUAUGCAGAUUAGUGGAAUUAGUUGCUUCUAGUGAAUUUGAGGUGAGUGUUCAUGCUGGACAUUGUUUGGGAGAAAUAGGACCUUCAGACCUAGGAUCAUUAGUUCUUAGACCUGAUGCUGGACAACAAGUGACCAGCUGUGCCGAUGUUGUGCCAUUAGUUGCCGAGUGUUUACUUGAUGAAAAUAUCAAAGUUGUAAGAGCUGCAAGCCAAGCAAUGUAUUCUCUCAUCAGAUUCAAAGAUUGCAAUACAUUUGCAGAAAAUCAAGUUAAUUUGAGUUGUGGUAUUUCGUGCACAGACUUUCUGCACCCAUUUAAUGCAGGCAAGAAAACCAAAACUCUGUCUUUUGAAAUUGAUGAAUCUCUUUCCAAAGCGGAAAUUUCUAAUGAAAAUUUGUGGUACCCCAAAGAUGACUCAGAUCAUGAAUCUUGGGUGAUAAAAUUAACUACUACUACCCUUCGUUAUCUUUCAAAAGGAAAUAAUUUCUUGCCAACAUUAAUUCCUUUGUGUGAAGUAAAGGCAGAAUUUUCUGAAAAGAUUUUGCCUUUGUUUGUUUCAAAAUUGUCAACUAUGAGCGCAGAAUUCAAUAAAAUAAUUUUGCAUUGUAUUAAACAAUUUUUUGAGAGACAUGUGAGAUUGCACUUAUUACAAAAUUCAGAAUCUUCAAACAAUGUGUGCCUUAAUAAAGCUUCUGUGCAAUGUAUGCUCAACUUAGUACAUUUUUUACGUGUACAUGACAAUUUGAAAGAUAAUUGGAAUCCCACUCAGCUAGAUUUAAACUAUCUCAGUAUUGCUCAAGCAGCACAGUUUUGUAAUGCUUACUUUAGUUCCAUCUUAUAUGUUGAACUGUGGAGUGACAAGUGGUUGAGGACAGAAAACUCUGAAGAAAUUUAUGGUCAGUCCCAAACAGUUUUGGAAAGAAUAUGUGAAAUGAAUCCUGAUGAUGGCUCCAAUGCACAAAAAAUUUUGUGGGAGGCAUACAUGAGAAUAUGUGAUACUGAUGCAAUUUAUGGAUGUGGUUCAUCUCUUCUCUUGGAUCCUAAUAAAAGACCACUGCAUUAUGAACUGAGAGGUGAAUGGGAUAAAGUUAUUCUUUCUCACGACAUUCGAUUGUCAUCUGGUCAUACAGAGUCUUCCAGAGGAUUGAUAUAUGCUUUGCAAAAAGCUGGCCUUGAACAUGUUUUAGAUGUGUACUUGAGAUCUGUCACAAAUGCACAGUGUUCAGAAGAUUUACAAUAUGAAUGUGCAUGGCGCCUUUCAAAAUGGGAUACUCAGCUUGUUAAUCCCCUUAGACAUCAGGGUAAUUUUGAGCAAUGGCACUUUUUGGCUCUAAGAGCAUUAUCUGAUAAUGAUAAAGUAGGCUUUGCAGAAGCACUAAAAGAGGCUCAUAAAAGUGUGUCCAAUUCUUUGGUGAAUUUAUCAUUAGAGAGUUGCAAAAGUAUUUACAAACCACUUUCACAGUUCCAACUAAUUCAAGAAAUGAGUGAAUUUCAUUCUGUUGAAAAUGAAUUAGAAUUGGAUGAUCUAUUAAAAAAGUGGCUGCAACGAGAUGAAAUUGUAUGUAAUCAAUUUGAAGAUAUAGAGCCUGUGUUUAGGCAGAGGAUUGUCAUGUUAAAUUCAUCCCGUGACAAAAAUUUGAAUCAAAAAGCAGCUGAAGUUGCAGUCAGACUAGCUACUCUUGCUCGUGAAGAAAAUCAGCUGCAAGUUGCAGCCAAAUGUGUGGGUUUGUUCAAUGUCACCAAUUUACCUUCAAAUCUCAAUGCUUUACUGAAGAUGGAGGAAGCUCAGCUUGCAUGGAGCAGUGGAGACCUUGCCUUAGGCAAACGCAUCAUGCGGAAUUUGAUAGUAACUUUUGAUCAACAAAAUCUAAAAACUCUGUUACCUGUAAUGUAUGCUCAAGCUUUGAAACUGAGUGGUGAUUGGAUGGUAGAAACAAAGUCGGAAAAUCCUCAAGUAGUGAUUGAUAGACAUUAUUUAACAGCCUUAAAAAUUUUGAAUGAUAUUGGGGACAGUAGAAGUGAUAAUGUUUUAGAUGUGUAUUCUGCUCUGGCACGUUUUGCUGAUGGCCAAUAUCAGAAUCUAUCAAAUUAUUUUAAAUCCCGUGCUUAUGAAGUGAAAAAGCAAUGGAUUGAGAAAGCUGCUCAGGAUAUAGAAGAUUUGAAAAAAUUACCAAAUCGUACAAAAGAUGAUGACAGAACAAUUGUUUUAAAGCAAAGGCAAAGCAAGAUUGAUAAUGAAGAAUUAUACACCACAAGACAACAAAAAGACAAAUAUCUUGCAGACGCUGUGAAGUAUUAUUUACAAUGCUUGGCUUAUGGUGAUCGGAACAAUUUGGAUGUAUUUCGAGUAGCCUCUAUAUGGCUUGAAAAUAUGCUUCAUUCUUCUCUCAAAGUUAUUUUAGAUGACUAUCUAUGUAAUGUUCCAUCCUACAAGUUUGUUCCUAUUUUACCACAGUUGACUCCACGGAUGUCCAAUGUAAAAGAUGAUUUUACUAUAAAACUCAACAAACUACUGAUGCGUUGUGCUGAAGAGCAUCCUCACCAUACGCUUCCAAUUAUUUUGGCUCUGGCUAAUUCCUACAAGGACCAAGACUACACCCAAGGAGCCAGCACCAGUGAUAAAAGAAAAGCUGAACCUCGUGUGCUUGGUGCCCAAAAACUAGUUCAAGAUCUCUCCAAACAUAACAAUGUAGGGGGACUGUUGCAGAGAAUGAAUGAAGUCUACUUGGCAUUAAUAAGUAUAGCGUAUAUGGAUCCCAAGACAGGAAAAGGAAAUGAUCGUGUCAUCCCAGAGAAAGCAGCUUUGUUGAAAUUAAAAAAGGUGGAUACAGUUCUAGUGCCCACAUUAACUAUUCCAGUAGAAAUGAGUUGCAAAUAUACUGGUAUAAUAGGCAUUGUUAAAUAUGAGCCAUCUUACAGUUUGGUUGGAGGAAUAAAUGCUCCUAAGAAAUUAACUUGCCUUGGUACAGAUGGUGUGAGGAGACUGCAGCUGAUCAAGGGGAAAGAUGACUUGCGUCAGGAUGCUGUGAUGCAGCAAGUUUUCACUAUUAUGAACACAUUUCUUCGAAAAAGCAAAGAUACAUCAAAACGCAAACUUCUAAUAAGAACUUAUAAGGUUUUACCUCUUUCCCAAAGAAGUGGCAUUAUAGAAUGGUGUGAAAAUACUAUACCUAUUCUUAUGUAUUUGACUGGAAGUGAUCAUCGUUCUGGAGCUCACAGAAAAUACUAUCCAAACGACAAACCAUCAAUGCAGUGUAGAGAGACAAUGAGGACUGUCUGCACUAAGUCUGCCGAGAAAAGACUUGAAGCUUAUAAAGAAAUUUGCUGCUCUAUUCAUCCAGCAUUUCGAUAUUUCUUUUUAGAACAUUUUACUUCACCAGGUUCUUGGUUUGAAAGAAGACUAGCAUAUAUUCAUAGUGUUGCUACUUCUUCCAUGAUUGGCUACAUUCUUGGAUUGGGUGAUAGACAUUUAAUGAAUAUUUUAAUUGACAAAAGUACUGCAGAAGUUAUCCAUAUUGAUUUUGGAAUAGCGUUUGAAAUGGGCCAUGUUUUGCCUACACCUGAAACAGUUCCAUUUCGUUUGACGAGAGAUAUUGUUGAUGGAAUGGGUGUAUCAGGCACAGAAGGAGUAUUCCAAAAAUCUUGUGAAAAGACAAUGUUUGUUUUGCGUGAACACCAAACAAUUCUACUAACUGUUUUGGAAGUAUUACUUUAUGAUCCUUUGUAUGCAUGGACCAUUACACCAUCAAAAGCUUAUAAACUACAAAAGAAAGAUGUGAAAAUUAUGGAUGACAGUGAUUCAGUUGAAGUUAAUCGCAUGGCAGAACGUGCAUUACAACGUCUGCAGCAGAAAUUGCUGGGCACCGAAAUGGGGGCUGGGGUUUCUAUUCCUACUCAGAGGAGCAAACCUACAAAAAUUGGGCUCAGCUGGCUCCAACUGUCAGUACCUAGCAAAGGGCCCUUCCCUAUGGUUACAGAUGAAGAGGACCUUGGUGGCAGACUGGUCCAUGAGGAAACAGUCCUCAGUGUUCCUGAGAAAGCAAUCUGUCUUGUGGAGAAAACCUUAAGCAAAUCCUGCUGGUUUGGAAGCAGUGAGGUGGCAGCCCCACCACCAAACUUGCCCUGUGUUCACAGCAUUCAUAGCCAGGGGGAUUUUAAUGAAGAUACCAUGUGCCUGGAUGAAGACAUCCUGGCACGCUUGAAUACCAGUGUGUAA